AUGAAAAUACCGAACUUAUCAUGCGAUUUAGGAUUUAAGCCAGUAAAUUUAAUCAAACCCGAUCCAAAAUUUGUUAUUCUCUCAGAUAUUUGUCCUGAUUGGAUUGAAUCAAAAAAAAUUAUCCAUACGAAAUAUACACAAAGUGGUGGUGUUCGUCCUUUCGGAAUCUCAACACUCAUCAUUGGUUUCGAUGCAAAUGAUGAAACGCCUAGACUCUAUCAAACGGAUCCAUCUGGUAUAUAUUCUGCAUGGAAGACCGUUCGUGAAUUUUUGGAAAAAAAUUAUAAAGAAGGUUUGACUAAAGAUGAAACUAUCAAAUUAACUGUUAAAUCUUUGUUAGAAGUUGUACAAACUGGAGCUAAGAAUAUUGAAAUAGCUUUAAUGACAGCUGACAGUGUUAUUAAGGUAAGAAAAGUAUAUACUCGUGCUUCAACUA